CGCCCAUCAAAGUCAGUGGGCGGGGCUAACGAUGGUCUAUUCUGAUCCAUUGGUCAGAAACAGCAUGACUGGAGACAGACGGAGGAACUGAGCGGGAGAAUGCAGCGAUGUCCGAGGUGUCAGAGAGGACCACCAGGGGGCACACGGUACCGGAGGUUUAAGACACUGUGACUGAGAAUCCACAGAGAACUCUAUGCCCCACAAUGCACCGGGUGGUCGAACGGUGCAUGUGUGUGUUGUGCCUGUUUUGCCCAGGUACCGCAGUCACAGUCACUGUGGGGUAAAUAACCUGGUGUGGAAAUAAAUCCUGCAGCUUCACUGACUUCUUCCAAUGUAUUUUCUGCAUGUCUUGGCUCGACAUCGUCAUAGAAACGUCAUCGUCUGCCAUUACUUCUCUCCAGUCAUGCUGUUUCCGGCCAACGGACCCGACUAGCCUUUGAAUGAUGGAGAAUCAGACUGACAUCCUGCUACUGGAGGGGCUAAAGGUUACGCCCCAGUCCUCCGUCCCCACCUUUGUCCUCCUCCUCAUCAUCUACAUCUUCAUCAUGGUGUCUCACCUUGGCCUGGUCCUGCUCAUCGUCAUGGAGCGCAGCCUCCAUCAGCCCAUGUACCUGCUCUUCUGUAACAUGAGCCUGAACGAUGCCUUCGGGGCCUCCACCAUAAUUCCGCCCAUUCUAAUUGACUUGUUUGCUGUGGCAACAGAGCGCUACAUCAGCUACGCCCACUGUGUUGUUCAGGCGUUCUGUGCUCACUUUCACGCCAGCACCUCACACACUGUGCUCAUGGCCAUGACCUUUGACCGCUACAUGGCCAUCUGCAACCCACUGCGCUACACCACCGUUAUGACCCAUAGGAUGGUGGUGCUGCUGUCGAUGGUAGCGUGGGGGGUGUCUCUCCUGCUGGUGGCGAUCCUUGUGGCCCUCAGCGUGCGUCUGUCACGAUGCAGACGGUUAGUUUCCAACCCCUUCUGUGACAACGCCUCGCUUUUCAAGCUCUCCUGCGACAGCGUCCUCAUCAACAACAUCUACGGCCUGACUUACACCAUCCUCCUGCUCGGCUCCUCCCUCGGCAGUUUUCUGCUCACGUACAUACGUAUCGCCGCCGUAUGCCUGAGCGGCCGAAACAAGGUUUUGAACGGGCGAGCGCUGCAGACCUGCGCUUCUCACCUGGUCGUCUACGCCAUCAUGUUCAUGUCAGGCAUCAUCAUCAUCACCCUCCACCGCUUCCCACAGUUGUCCGACCAGAGGAAACUAGCCUCCAUGUUGUUCCACGUGGUGCCACCUGCACUGAACGCCAUCACCUACGGCCUUCAGAUCAAAGUAGUGAGACAGAAAAUCCUCCUCAGGUUCCAGACAAAAACAACACCAUUGUUUUAAUAGAAAUGUCUUUGUUUUUACUGUGUUUUCAAUAAGGAUUAAAAAAUGGAACCACAUCCCAUCAUCACCAGUCAUCCCAGAGAAAAUCUGAGAUUUUAGUUCAGACCAAAGUCCAUUUGUGUUGCUCAAACAAACCUG